CAUGUUCAUUAAGCUGCAGAAGUUUGGCCCUGAGCGUCUGUCUUCUUAAAUAGAAAUGGGAAGUAAUUAAUGAGAUGUGUUCACCUCUCAAUCAGAUCCCGGGCCUCUCACCAUCCCCGCGUUUAUCAGUCUAAUCCACUGUUUAUUAGGCAACAUGCCCGCCUGAUAAUGUCUGCUAAUGAAAACGUGUGUGUUCAAUCAGGGUUUGUUUUUUUUUGUUUGUUUUUUUUUUUCCUCUGCAGGCCACAUCCCAUCAUCAGUCGGAGUAAUCCUCAGAACCACGGACAAGAUUGUGUGGGCAAAUGAGUUUGAGCCCAUCGAACUGACCUGUUUAAUAGAGUCCAUUUCCACAAACAACCCGCGGAUUGAGUGGAAAAAGAUUAAAAAUGGCGUCCCCAGUUACGUGUACUUUCAGAACAAGAUAGCAGGGGACUUGGAGCACAGAGCUCAGCUCAGAGAGCCGGCCAACAUCCUGAUCUUCAACACCACUCGAUCAGACACGGCCGAGUACCGCUGUGAGGUGGCCGCCAUCGACGAUCAGAGGGACUUUGAUGAGAUCCUCAUCAGUCUUGCGGUUAGAGUGAAGCCCGUGGUGCCGCGGUGCAGCGUGCCGGACGCCGUCACAGUCGGGACGUCGACAGAGCUGCGGUGCCUGGAGAACGAGGGCUUCCCGGCUCCGCAGUACCGCUGGUUCCACAACAACGAGGAGCUUCCCCAGGACCCCAAGAACAGCCCCAAGUUCGCCAACUCCUCCUUCAGCAUCAACCCCGACACCGGCGGCCUGAAAUUUCGCAGAGUGAGGAAGGAGGAUGCCGGGGAGUACUACUGCCAGGCCAAGAACGACGCAGGACACGCACAGUGCCUGCCUCAGUCGAUGGAAGUCUACGACGUGGACAUCCUGGGGAUCUUCCUGAAGGUGUGCGCCGUGGUGGCCGCCUUCCUCGUCCUGACCAUCUGCACCUAUCAGGGCUGCAAACGCGCAUGCACCCCCAAAAAAGGCCACGCUGAAAAUAACUACAACUGGCCAGCACAGAGUAAUGUUUUCGACUAUGUUGAUGACGAUGAGGGUCAUUUCCGCCACAAAUCCUCAUUCAUCAUUUGACGGCUGACAUGAAGACAUGAAGAGAUGAAGAGAUGGAAACAGCUGAGGUUAUCUUGCUACAAUGAAACGUUUGAAGUGUAACAUGGCACAUUGUUCUCUGAUGCACAUCGAAAUCAACUCAAACUACUUGCCAAAGUAUUUUAAUAUCAUUUUGUGGCACUGUUUCAUGUUUUUUAUAAAGCCACGGAGUUUUGUUUCCCUGUCUUGGUGUCGGAUUAGUUUUGUCUCGAUCCAUUUCAGAGCUGUGACGUUUGAUAUUCGGCCCGCCGUGUCACCACAGACCAUAGUUUCUUUCACUGGUUUUUUGAGGAAAAUUCCUUUUUAUAACUCUCAAACUUUUUACUAUGUGCAUUGAAGUUGUUUUACAGGGUUGGUUUGAUUUGUCUGUCAUUAUAAUUUGUGUAUAUCACAUGCAUAAGAGUUGGGACUUGUUAUUUUUUGUAUAUACUGUAGUUAUACAGGCAAUAAGUACAGUAGUGGACUGAAAAAGGCUGAUGGGCUCAGAUGCAUAAGGCACAAUUCAUCAGCCUGUAUUUACAAAUUAUUACAAAUAUGUACAAGUACAGAUAAAACAGUGAGUUUGAAUACUAUAUAUGCCACCAUGCUGCAGACGUGUACUAUAACGGUGGUGAAGUAUGAUUUUUUUUUAGAGUGCUGUUUUCUGUGUAUAAGUGACCUUUUGUGCUUUACUAAUUAUUUUGUGAGUAUUGGACAUAUUGCCCAGGUUUGACUACGUAUUAAAUGUACAUAAAUACAUCCAGUUAUUUUUAUCUUUGACGCAUUACACUCCAUACCUUAUUGUAAAUACUGCAGCAGAGUGUCGGCGGGAGCGCCAUUUCCAGUAUUUACUCUCCAGUGUGUAUCUGCCGUGUUGAGCCUGUCAGUGACAACAGUGCGUCAUUUCAGACAUUAGUGUCGAUGAUUUGUGUAACAACUCAGGAACUGUUGUAAAAUGUCCACUGUUCAUUUGAUAUUAUUGCUCUAUGUUCAUGUUAUUUUGUUACUAUUAAAAACAUUUGAACUG